AUGUCAUUGUUAUUUCUACGAUCCCGCACCCCAUGGAGCCUGAAGGCCUUCCCUUUAGGUCUCGCGAAUCGUGUGGUGAUAUUGGCCCACCCUCGGCUUUCUUCUUCGAAAUCUGGCCUCGCAGACAAGGCACCAAAAACGCAGCCGAGCGAAGGCAAACCACCAUCGAAGAGAAGCAGCGCCAUCAAGACUACAGAUAAACCCCCGGCCAAAGCACGACCCAGGAAAUUGGUACCACCUAAGAGAGCGAUGAACGUCAUGCAAUUAGUCACAGAAGAUGUGAUGGCUGAACUUAAACAAAAAUGUGGCAAAUUAACCCAGCAGGAUGCCAGACAAUGCUUCAGCAUUGCUGCUGAAAGAUACAGAUCAUUGAGUGAUGCUGAAAAGAAGAAUUAUCUUGCUCGGCUAGACCAAAGACGUGAUAUAUAUGAAAUCGAAAUGCGUGAUUUCCUCGACUCUUUGACAGCAAAUGAUUAUAUCAACCAAAACGAGUACAUACUUCGGCGAAAGGCCGAGGGACGUUCGACCGGUAGGAAAGGUAUUCCAAGGUUGGACCCCAAUGCGCCUAAAAGACCAUUGAAUGGCUUCAUGAUCUUCUGUGGGGAGGUGCGAUCAAAUCCUUCGAAGUUUCCGGACCUUACUGAGCAGAUUCGGUCCUCGGAAAAAGACUCUAAUUCACCUGUCGUCGAAGGAUCGAAAAUUAUGGCCCAGUACUGGAAAUCUAUGCCAGAGGAUAUCAAACAACAAUAUGUCAUAGAAGGUCAGAGAAGACGCGACCUAUACAAGCAGGAAAAGGCGGAGUACGAUGCACAACUCAAAAAGCACUCCUGA